AUGGAUCUCAUGAAUCAAAGUGAUGUGCCAGCCAAAGCAACUGCUACUUAUCAUCAGAAAACACUUGUAAAGAACAAGUUUGCAGCAAAAUUGCAGCCCUCAGCUUCAUUUGCCUUGGCAGGUAAGAUUCUGACAUAUAAGCAGAUGCUCUCCGGGAAGUCGCCAAUGUAUGGAAUUGAACAGGAGUACACCCUCCUGCAAAAGGAUGUGAAAUGGCCUCUUGGUUGGCCGGUCGGUGGAUUUCCUGGUCCUCAGGGACCCUACUACUGUGCUGCCGGGGAAGACAAAGCUUUUGGCCGAGACAUAGUUGAUGCUCAUUACAAGGCUCGUCUUUUUGCUGGUAUCAACAUCGGUCGCAUUAUUGGGGAAUUGCUACGUAUCUUCGGCAUGCAGUGGGAGUUCCAACUUGGCCCUGCUGUUGGUAUCUCUGCUGGUGAUGAACUGUGGGUUGCUCGUUACAUUCUUGAGAGGAUCACCGAAAUUGCAGGUGUAGUUCUUUCUUUCGAUCCGAAGCCAAUCCAGGGAGAUUGGAAUGGUGCUGGUGCUCACACGUGUUACACCAAGUCCAUGAGAUGCGAUGGAGGAUACGAAAUCAUCAAGGAGGCCAACAAGAAGCUCUUGGCAAGAGGCACAAGGAGCAACGAGCGUCGUCUCACCGGGCGACACGAGACUGCUGAUAUCAAUACCUUCUUAUGGGUUAUUUCGAAGACCGGAGGCCAACAUCAAACAAGGAUCCCUAUGUCGUCACUUCCAUGAUUGCUGAGACGACCAUCCUCUGGAAUCCAUGAGCAAAUCGUGGGAUGGUGCGCCUGCUGCUUCAUGGGAUUCCCAUACUGCAGAGGGAACAGCUCUCAUUUCUUCUCCUGUCAUCAUCCAGUGUUUGCCCCGCAUUGUCUCAGUGUAUUUCCAGUAAUGACAGUAAUAGAACAGACUAGGAUUAUGAUGGUGUCUUGUGCUGUGAGGGUUGAUGUGCCUCGUACACGAUUGCAGUGCUAAACCUUGCAUUUUGUAUGCAAUCCAGGAUCAUGUUCGAAUGUGUAAAAAAAGUUGAUCCACAGUUCGGGAUGCUUUUAUCCAAUAAUUCUCGAAAUUAUUGGAUUUUAUAUAGAGAGGAAAGAUCUAAUACACUGUACAGAUCACCUAAGCUUUCUUUGUGAUAUGUGAAUCAUUGUCUUUCUGGUCUAUGAUUUCUUUUCUUUCUUUUUGUCUUGGGUGUAUGUAUGAUGACAGCAUCUCCAUUUGAAGUACAUGACUAAAGCAUCUACUUCAUUGGCUUUAGUAAUCUGCUUGUUAUCUGGUGCAUUUUAGUCUUCAACUCUCUUCAUGAAAGCAUAAAUUCAACCAAGAUUAGACCAUCAGCUUCAGAUGAUAGUGUUCUUAUGAACUUGAUGCAUCAAAUGAUGAAGGUAUAACACUUGGAUAAUGGAGCUCAUUAAAAGAAUUCAUUUAAAGUAUGGGCUGUUAU